CUAUUGGCUGCCGUGUCCGUGACGUCACGUUCUCUCUUUUGAGAAGGCCGGUCAUAACCUGGCUGGCGAGAAGUGCGGGUUCAGUCGAAGAAAAAGGAUCCGGAGAAAGAGAAAGAGAAAGAGCAAGAGCGACCUUGAGGGGAAUCCGAGAUGGACAGCAAACGGGAAGAGAGGUACACCUAUGAAGACGUCAAGAAGACAGCGGACUGGCUGUUGUCCAAGACGAAACACCGUCCCAAAAUCGCCAUCAUCUGUGGCUCGGGCCUCGGAGGGCUGGCUGAUCUGCUGAAGGACCAAGUUGCCUUUGAAUAUUCCAAGAUCCCCAACUUUCCCCAGAGCACAGUGGUUGGUCAUGCUGGAAGGUUGGUGUUUGGAAACCUCAGUGGCGCCCCCUGCGUUGUGAUGCAAGGCCGCUUCCACAUGUAUGAAGGCUACCCGCUCUGGAAGGUGACUUUUCCCGUCCGAAUCUUCCAUCUCCUUGGUGUGGAGACCCUCAUCGUGACCAAUGCAGCUGGGGGACUCAACCCUGACUACAAAGUGGGGGACAUCAUGGUGAUCCGGGACCACAUCAACAUGCCAGGUUUUGCUGGACAGAACCCACUGAUGGGACCCAAUGAUGAAAGAUUUGGGGCUCGAUUCCCUGCAAUGUCGGAUGCCUACGACCAGGACGUGAGGAAGCUGGCCCAUACAGUGGCAUCCGAGAUGGGUUGUUCUGGGUGCGUCCGCGAAGGCGUUUACGUUGCCUUGGGAGGUCCCAACUAUGAGACCAUUGCUGAAUGCCGCUUCCUGCAGCGAUUGGGUGCAGAUGCCGUAGGCAUGAGCACGGUCCCCGAGGUGAUUGUGGCCCGCCAUUGCGGCAUCCGUGUCUUCGGCUUCUCCCUCAUCACCAACAAGGCCAUCCUGGACUAUGAGACCAAGGAGAAGGCCAACCACGCCGAGGUCCUGGAGGCCAGUCGGCAAAGCGCUCGCACCCUCGAGAAACUGGUUUCCUUGAUGGUCCAGCGCAUCGAGCGCAACAACAAUGUGGCGUGAUGCACGGAGAGAGAGGGGACCUCCCGCUUUGCGCAAUGAAGAAUCAUUCACACCUCAGCAUGUCGACUCUCUCCUCUUCCUUCCUUCGCUUCCCCAAAGAUUCGUCAUGGUCAAAUCCAGCUGCUGUUUUUUUGCUGUCAGCUUGUUUUCUGUCCUGCUUCGGUGGCGGAAGAGCUUUUGCCACCAAUGAAUUGUCCUCCUAUUUGUGUAUUUGACCUGGUGCAGUGUCGGUCCAUCUCUGUCUGUCUCCCUUUGGCUUCUGAACCGUGUUGUUCCUGGUUGUUUGCAUUCCACUUCUCUCCUUCCUUCUCCUCAUAAUCCAGGCCAGAGUAGUGCCAGGUAUCAAAAUCAUGUGGGGCCCCUUACACACCGCUGUAGGAAAAACCACAUUAUUUUCUUUGAACUGGAUUAUAUGGCAGUGUGGACUCAGAUAACCCAGUUCAAAGCAGAUAUUGUGGAUUAUCUGCCGUGAUAUUCUGGAUUAUAUGGCUGUGUGGAUGGGCCCUGGGUCUUGCUACAGCUCACUUUUUAAAUUGCUUUCAGAUUUUUUUAAAAAACAAAUAAUUUGGAAUUGCAGAAUUUGAAUUUCUGGAAUUCUAAAGGAGUCUGUUUCCCAUUUCAAAAUGCUCUUAUCAAUUCAAUCAGAACCAGGAUAAUCAAUGGUUUCUGGCGCCACUGCUUUGGUUUCUAGGGUUUAUUUUCCCCAAACAUAGGAUUGUGGAGUUAGAUGGGGCUUCAAAUCUUACUUGAUCCAACAACCUGGAUGUGUGCCUCCUUUCUUUUUGUCUCACAACCCAGAGCUGGCCUCCCAUAUGUGAAGUGUUGUCCCUUUGUCCUUCAUGGUAGGGAUGUUCUGUGUCCGAUCCACUUGUCUGUUUGACCUCUUAGUCACUGUGACCCAUUCUUUACAGCUUCUUUCUGAAGCUCCUUCUACAUUGCUAUAUAAUCCAGAUUUUUAAAUCAGAUAUUCCACAUGAUCUGCUUUGAACUGGAUUAUAUUAGUCUACACUGCCAUAUAAUCCAGUUCAAAGCAGAUAAUCUGGAUUUUGUAUGGCAGUGUAGAAGGAGCCUGAGAGGGCCUUGUGAACAGAGAUGUGUUCAACCAACAAUUUUUGUCCCAAAGCCGGUGAGCUAGGGCUUCUUCAUGAUGCAAUAAUCAACUUAAGGCCUUGAAAUAAAAAUGCACAAAUCCUGCAUGUAGAGAAUUAGUAUAUCAGGGAGAAGGCUGAUGUGUCGGCCUUCUCUGUGCAGGUUUGUUUAGAAGAGGAUUCAAUAAUCUGAACCUGUUACCUUGUGAGAAAUAAGUCUGUGGUCCCAGUCCAUUGCCAUGUCUGUAGCUCAUCUUAACCCCCUUUUAAAAUUAAAUGGGACUGUUUUUAAGGUAACAUCCUAAGCAAAAGAGCCCUUUUUUCUCAAACCUUGAAGGUAAUAUUCUUGCCUUCCAAAUCGCCCAACCUUUGCAGCUAGAUUUCUAAUAGAAGUGCCUGGUAGGAGACAUAACUGAGAGACGCCUUUCACAGCCAGUGCGAUUGCAAUGGAUAGUUGUGACUGGACCAUUGCACCUUAUGGUACUUCUCAGGUCUAGGAAUGUGAAGUAUGCUGGCUACUAAAGAGCAAUAUAGCACAUGUAUAUUCCCAAUGUUUAAGAAUUGGUGUAUUUUUAAAGCAGUGGCAAAGAGCGACUCAUUCUUUUUUAGAUAGUCACUCCCUCCUCAUGUUUCCUGAUUUGUGCAUUGGGCACGAAUAUGUGCCCUUCUGGGUUGCUGUGAGUCUUCCGGGCUGUAUGGCCAUGUUCCAGAAGCAUUCUCUCCUGACAUUUCACCCACAUCUAUGGCAGGCUUCUUUAGAGGUUGUUAGGUCAUCAGGAGAGAAUGCUUCUGGAGCAUGGCUAUACAGCCUGGAAAAUUCACAUGCUCAGGAAUGCCCCACAAGGACCCAACAGCUUUUAUUGUCCGUGUUAUUUAAAGAAAAGAUCUAUUGCUUUCCUGACUUAUUCAUACUCUGAAAUGAUGCGUAGACACGAGAUAAAGUAAAAGAUUGACAAUUCCUUUGCCCAACAUCCAUGCUUUGAGAGAGCUUUGCAUCCAGCGGAGAUGAGUCUAGGGUUGCCAAUGGACCAAACCUGCUGGCUCUUGUGUCUUUUGCAGCCACUCAGUUUGCAGAUUGUAUUAAGUCAAGCUUUCCCCUCACUGUAGAAAUGUAUUGAAUAUUGUCCUUAAACUUGUGUCCAUUUGGAUGUUGUUGGACUGCCACUCCCAUUGUCCCCAACAAGGACUUGAUGGGAAUCCAGCAAUGCUUGGAAGGCCACACAUGGGCCAACCUUGCCCUAAGAUCCAACAUUGUUUCUAGGUCUGACUUUGGUGGAAUUAGGAUAGGUGGCUUCUGUGCUUUGCAAAUUGAGCUAUACAUGUCUGAAACUUUUAUCUGACCUUUCUUUGCUCCUUCUGUAAUCUUAUCACCUUGCAAAUGGCAGCUUAGUAAUAGCAAGACACUGGAGGCAAUAGCAAUGAAUGUGCAAAUGAUGGAUAUCGACUCAGAGGCCCCAAAGUUCUCGGCAGGUUCAGAAACAUAUAAUAUAUAUAUAUAAGUAAUGUAUGUAUACAAUAUGAAUAUCUCUAUUUUUUUAGAGGAGUAUCAGCAUUCUGCACUUUUUAUUUUUAUUUAAAUGAAUGAAUGGAGCCCUGGUUUUAUUAAUUGUAAUAUGAGUGAAUAAUAAAGGAAGUUGGAACAGACA